AUUAAAGCAGUUACACGAAGAUGCCGACUACAAAUGAAACAGAUGACCGUAUGAAAAAGUUUAAGAAUAAAGGCAAAGACACAGCAGAACUAAGGCGACGAAGAGUGGAGGUCAAUGUGGAGCUCAGAAAGGCCAAGAAAGAUGAGCAGAUUCAAAAGAGGAGAAAUGUGUCUUCAUUACCAGAUGAUUUGCUUAACUCUCCUGAACAGCAAAAGAGUCAACAGGGUCCUCAACUAUCUCUGGAAGAAAUAAUAGAAGGUAUUCAUUCUGGAGAUUCAGAGCUUGAGCUGAAGUGUACACAGGCUACAAGGAAAAUGUUGUCUCGUGAGAGGAAUCCUCCCUUAACUGAUAUAAUUGAGGCUGGACUAAUACCAAAACUGGUGGAGUUCCUUGGAUACCAUGAUAACAGCGUUUUACAGUUUGAAGCAGCCUGGGCCCUCACUAAUAUUGCAUCUGGUACCUCUGAUCAAACAAAAGCUGUGGUAGAGGCAAAUGCUAUCCCAUCCUUUAUAGCUUUGAUCUCCUCCCCACAUGCACAAAUAAGUGAACAGGCAGUUUGGGCACUUGGGAACAUUGCUGGUGAUGGUCCAAUCUACAGAGACAUAUUGAUCAGCUGCAAUGUGGUUUCACCACUCUUAUCCUUAGUGACACCACAGACACCGAUUGGCUUUCUCCGGAAUAUUACUUGGACCUUGUCUAACCUUUGUCGCAAUAAAAACCCAUACCCACCAAUUAGGGCUGUAAAACAAAUUUUGCCACUACUAACACAGCUCCUCUACCAUGAGGACAAAGAAAUCUUGUCUGAUACAUGUUGGGCAAUGUCGUAUCUCACAGAUGGGUCCAAUGAUAGGAUUGAUGUUGUUGUGACAGCUGGAAUUGUAGACAAGAUAGUGCAGCUAAUGCACAGCCAAGAGCUCAACAUAGUGACACCAGCUCUACGUACUAUUGGGAACAUAGUCACAGGAACUGACAAGCAGACCCAGGUAGCCAUCGAUGCAGGAGUCCUGUCUGUCCUGCCUCAUCUACUUCGGCAUUCUAAGCCUAGUGUUCAGAGGGAGGCAGCAUGGGCUCUUAGUAAUAUUGCUGCAGGACCAGCUCCACAGAUUCAGCAACUCAUAACUUGUGGCCUCCUUCCUCCACUUAUCGAUCUUCUCAAAAAGGGUGACUUUAAAGCGCAGAAAGAAGUGAUUUGGGCAGUGACAAAUUACACAAGUGGAGGCACUGUAGAGCAAGUUGUACAGCUGGUCCAUUGUGGGGUGCUGGAACCACUGCUUUGUCUCCUUACUGUCAAGGACAGUAAAACAAUACUGGUUAUCCUAGAUGCUCUUUCUAAUAUAUUUCUGGCUGCAGAAAAACUGGGUGAGCUGGAUAAACUGUGUUUAGUAGUGGAAGAAUUGGGAGGCCUAGAGAAAAUAGAGGCUCUGCAGACACAUGACAAUCAUAUGGUUUACCAUGCAGCCUUGGCUCUUAUAGAAAAAUACUUCUCUGGAGAGGAGACUGAUGGCAUGGCUGUCCUGGAACCAGAAGCCACUAAAGAAAGAUAUGCAUUUCAGGCACCAAGUGCACCCAAGGAGGCUUUCAAUUUCUAAUGCCUAAAGGUCUCAUGGGGGGAGAAUGGUUGGAA